UUAUUGCAUAGCUAGCUGCUAUAAAAGUUUAAUACAAGCUAGCUAGGGAGAACUAAAAGACGUAUACCUUGCAGCUAUUGAAACUAGUGGUUGAAAUGAAGACAGUAUCCCUGCUCCUGUUAGUUAGCUUGGCUAGCUCCUGUCUGGCUGGUGUAUUCUCUCCAAUAACUUACCCCAAUACCAGUAAUACAUCCAACACGUGUGCUGGAACACGGAUACCUCUGUAUUUUGGACUGCUCAUGUCCUUUGAUGCAGAACAGUUUGACGGAUCAGGUGCUAUAGCUGGUGUCAAUGUUGCACUGGACAGGAUCAACAGAAACUGUACUCUGUUACCUGGUUACAGUCUGCACUACACUGUGGCAAACUCAAGGUGCACUAGGACGGGUGGAUUGGACGCUCUAUUUGAAGACACCAUCUUCAGUCCAGGCCCUGACAAGAUUGCAGUGAUAGGGUCUGGUUGUUCACUAGCUACCGAGCCAACAGCCGAGGUCUCCCACUAUUACAACAUCUCUCAUUUGUCGUGUGUGUCGUCUUCUCCUGACCUGACAAACAGAAACAGAUUCAGAAAUUACUUUCAACUCUUGAACAGUGAGGUCACAAUAGCCCACGCCUAUUUUGCCGUGAUACAAGAGUACGGAUGGAGUCAUGUGUCCCUCAUUGUACAGAACGAAAACCUCUUCACUGAAACCAUCGAUAUUCUGAAGCAGUUGUUGAGAGCUGGUGGCGUCUCUUAUGAUGAGCGACUGUUCAGUAGUGAGGGGGGAGUGGCUGACCUCGGGGAUGAACCCUUCAAUAUGGACAGAAGGAUUCACUUGAUUAUGUGUUAUGCCAGUCAUGCACGACAGCUAAUGUGUGAGGCACAUUCCAGAGAUGUGUACCUGCCCCGCCAUGUACUCUUGACCCCUGCAUGGUACGAUGCCAACUGGUGGAGGGUGAAUGACAACACCACCUGCACUCCAGACGAUAUGGAGACUGUCUUGAUCAAUUCACUCGCCUUCUUGCAUUUCAACUUUCUGGAUAGAAAUGACACCAGCAAUAUAACAAGUGAAGAUGGAUUGACAGCGACUAAGUAUUUGAAGCGUGAGAAUGAACAGAUUGGCAUACUACCCCUCAACUUGACCUCCUCAGACUACGCCCAGUAUUGCUACGAUGCCACCUGGACACUUCUGUACGCACUACAAAAUACACUAGAAGAUAUCGCUGAUAAUUCCAUCAAUGGCAAUCUGUCGGAGGCGUACGGUCUUCCGUCCGGUGAAACGUUUACUCUGAGUAACUUCACAUAUGACAAUAAUGCUCUCAGUCGGAUCAUAUUUAGACACCUCAAUAAUACUUCCUUCAAUGGCAUCACUGGCAAGGUGCAGUUCAACAGUGAAGGCAUUCGAGAGGUUACAAAACUCUUCAUCUUUCAGUUCAGAAAGAACAGCAGUGGGUUUGUGAACUGGGUGGAGAUUGGGGAGGUGACUAACAACGACACUGACUACAUCCUCACAGGAGAGGGGGUGGACACAGUGUGGCCAGAUGGUAUACCUUAUGAUGGGAUACCGUUGAAUGCCACGGCAACUGUUCAUCCAGCUGUGACCAGCGUCUACUUCCUCCUGGCAACCGCCGGCAUUGCCUUCGCUGUUGUGUGUAUUGUGUUCAACUUCGUGUUCAGGAAACGAAAACUGAUACGCCUCACCAGUCCCAACCUGAAUCUGCUGAUUGGUAUCGGAGCCAUCAUCCUGUACUUCAAUCUCUACCUUUUCAUCUUCCCUGUUGAAGACCCCAUCGUUGUGUCAGUGUUGUGUAACCUCAUCCCCUGGUUCACGGCCAUCGGCUACUCUCUGUGUUAUGGCACCAUUGUAGUCAAGAUGACUAGAGUGUACUACAUCUUCAAUAACCCUACACCAAAGAAGGCUAAGGUGAAAGAUUGGAAGUUGUUCCUCGGAGUGUUUGCUCUGGUGGUGAUAGACGUGGUGAUACUGACAGUGUACAUGAUUGUAGAAGGAUCCAAUAUCUAUCCUGACGGAAUGACGGGACUACACGCAUGUCGUGUCAUCAGCCGGGAGUUUCCAGAGCAGACAGAAGGGGAGAUCAUCAGAUUCUUCAUCUACGUGUGCAGGACUCAGGCCAGGGACAUCAUGCUGGGAGUACUAUACGGCUACAAGGCACUACUACAAGUUAUAGCUCUCAUAUUUUCAUUUUCGAUUCGCAAAGUGAAAGUGAAAGGACUCGACGAUGCUAUAUUUAUCGCAGGGUCUAUAUACGUCAGUAGCAUUGUGCUGGCCGUUAUAUUUGUGUGUACUUACACACUGGCGGACUUCCUCAACAUCUUUCCCGUCGUGUUUUGCACGGGAUUUCUGAUCGGAACAUCAGUUAUUCUGGGACUGGUCUUCAUACCUCUAAUGGUGGGAUUGUACAAAGACCCCGAGGGAGACACAAUAUUCGACAAUUCCAAGAGCACUGCAGGAGGGACAACAGUGAUGAACAAUAACCUCCAAACACGGACCAUAGAGGGACUUAAAGGGAGGGUCACAGAGCUGGAGGCCAUUGUAGCCAGCACUGGAGGAGGGUUGGCGCACUCAUUGAACGGACAGUACUCUGUGAUAGAGGUGGAGUCCUCAACCUCCAUCCCUACCCAAGCCCCAGUGAUGACACACGAUGAGCGACGAGAAGAUAUGCUCCAUCAGAUAGCCGGGGAGGCACCACGGGAACGGACCAACACGAUAUGGGAUAACGAGGAUAGCGGCGAAGAAAAAGAGAAAAAGACUAGUGAUAAUUCCAGUGUAUAACUGACAAGUGCAAUUAGUGACAAAAUUUCCCACCAAUAAACAUUAUUUUUUUUCUAUUAUGAUCAUGAACUGCUUUUUUCAGUAUCUUUUAUAUAUAAUAUAGUUGUUCUUUACUUUUGUAGGUAUGUUUGAUCCCCAAUCCCCAUGCACAAUUUCACUUUGUUAACAUUCA